GAAUAAAUAAAUAGAAUUGGCGAAACAUAAAGAGCACAUGUGUUCGUAUAAAAUGGAAAGUGCGUAAAUUUGUGAAAUGUUUUUUAUAAAAUUGUAUAUUGUGGUCAUAUUUGUUCAUCAUUUUAAAGAAUGCUGUGGACAGAACGCCUCGGGUCAGCCUUUAAAUGCAAGAGGACUGGCGUUGACGCAAGUUCAUCCAGACGACACGUCUCUGACUCCCAGAAAAUGUGACGAUGGGGUCGGUCCCAGUGUGGAGAUUCAGUUGCCGUUCAUGGACAUGGAAAUACAACACGAGCACCAAGUUCAAAUAAUGCGUGAGCCGGAACAGGAGCAAAUCUUUGUGCUGCAUGGCCAUGAGUUGCUCCAACUGUUCGUUAGUAAAAACGAGAAGCGACUAGUCUUUUUAGGCACAUUGGCGGGUCGCAUUCAGGCUCAAAAACUGGAGCCUCUCGGCGCUGAGGUUAUUUCCUGGAGACAAUAUAUUUUGGUUGUAGUGGCACUCGAUGAGAGCGUCCAAGUUUAUCAAAUAUCCAAGGCGCAAGUUGCACAACGGGCCAUAGAUGCUGCAGCCUCCAUAGGAACCCCACUUCGAUUCGAGCUCAUACAAGAGUUCUCUCUGCCUGGCACGUUCAAGCAGAUGCAUCUGAUCAAAGCGACGGAGGAGAGGGUGCUGCUCUUGUUGGCUGUGAAUUUCACAAAGCUGCAUGGAAAGUAUACAACUUUUGAGUGGUUGGACUCAUUCUUCAAUCCCUUGGAGCAAUUUACAGUUCCGGCCAUACAGACCCUGCAUGUGGUGGGCACCCAACCCAAGUAUGUCAUCAGUGGUCGCGCACUACGAUCUCAUUCCAAGUUGGUGUUGACGAUCUACGAAUUGGACAGCUCCUCGCUACAGCUUCAGCGACGCCAAGCUCUUACAGUACAGGCGCGGCAUGUGCUGACCGUCAGCUUUCGUGGACGCAAUUAUCUGAUUGCGUGUGCAACCUCCUCGAGUGGGAAAUGCAUUUACUUUCAGAUGGUUGAUGGGCACUUUGUGGUUUAUAGGAAGCACGCCAUGCAGAACUUGCGGUUCAGUCAGCUGGCUGCUGAUGGAGAGGGUCAAGUUCUGGCAGCGGCACGGUCGAGUGGAGAAGUUCUUCUGUUCACCAACGCUCGGCUGGACUGCUACAAUGGCUUUUCAACCAAGGACAACGAGCCGAGCCUUAUGUACACACAUCGCAACGAGCUAAACGAGACUUUCGUGGUGCUAGGCUACAAACGACCUUUCAAUACGCUGCUGCGCUUAGUGGAGCUGAGCAGUGAUGUCACUUUGGCUGCCCCUGCUUUGGAGGGCAAUGAUGAUCUUACUGUUGUGCAGCAACAUCGCCAUGAAUUCGAAAAGACCAUCAAUGAGCUGCGCAGUGUGUUGCUUCGACGUAAGGCGACCAUCGAUUCGCUGCGUCGUCUAAUUCCAACGUUGAAGGGGCGCACGCUCAGCUCUCAGAAGCCGGUAACCGUGCAGGGCGGACGCAUUGAGCUGGUGAAUCUCCAGGGCCAGCAUCUGCGCACCCCCACCCAGCUCUUGGAACGUGCACACCAGCUGCGUCGGCGCUACGGCACCAACAAGCGUCUGGUUCGCUCUUUUGGCGUAGGCAACUCCUCGCCGAUGGGUGCGACCGAUCGCCUGAAAGUACGUCGCCUGCAUGUGAAGAACCUGAUCUACAAUGGAAGUCUGCUGUCAGGUUACCACUUGGAAGCGCCCACGGACGGCACUGCCUCACCCAUUCUGACUGUCAAAGAUAAAGUGGUGACCAAAAAGCUGCAAACUCCUCAGCUGCUGACACCGCACAACUAUGAACGGAUCCAUUGGCCGCCAGAGGUGGAUACGCAGCGCACAGUGGUGCAGCAUUUGAGCGUGCAACGAAUCAACAAUGUGUCCUGGGCCGAAUUUUAUGACUCAUUGUUUCUACGAUCGCGUGACACUGCUAUUCAAGGUCGUCUGAUAAUGCAGGCAGGCACCACGGUGGAGCAUUUGGAGACCCCUUUGUUAAACGGACAGGUCGUGCAGCAACUCUUCAAUCUGCAGCAACCGCAAGAGAUCACAUCGAAUAUAUUCAUGUCAGCCUUUUUUGUUUCCGAGCUCGAGGCGGCACAGGUGAACGGUUUGAACUUUUCCGAGGAUAUUGUGUUUCGUGGACGCAAUGAUACGGUGAUUGAAACACCCGUGAGAAUUUACGAUAUUAGCGUCUCUGGCGAUAUUUUAAUUGCCAACGACAGUUCAAGUGAGCGGCACACUGAGAGGCAGUGGAACCCGUUCCUGGCCCCACCUCUACAGCAAUAUUAUACUGGCAAGGUGAUAAUAAAUGGAUCUCUAACAAUCAAUAAUCUGCAGCGAGAUACAAAGGCAACUCAAGUCUUGAUUGCGAACCAGUCCCUGGCAAAGGAAGACCUUCAAACGGAUUAUAUGCUACUGAACACGCCUCAGAAUUUCACAAAAACGAUUGCAUUCGGUAACGCCAAGGUCACAGCACCGGCUCUUAACACCGCCCACAUCAAUGGACAUCGCACUGAUUGGCAUUUAACUAGUGGUGGUGGACAUGUGCCUGUCGAGAAAUUCAGUAAGCCGCUCUACCUCAUAUUCAUGAAUGCUACGGUGGAUGGGGAUAUUAUUUGUCGGGACUACAGCUCUAAGCUUGCCGAGCUCGCCAAGGGUGCGGUUCGUCGUGGUGAGGUGGCAAAUGUGACGGGCGUAAAACGGUUCGAGGCGACACUAACGACGGACUCGUUGAGGACGCAAAGUAUCAAUGGUCAGCUCGUGGAUGACUUUAUCCUCAAAUCGCAGCUGGGCAGCUCGCGUCUUAAUUUUAGCGACCUCAAAAGUUUUUCACGUGUUGUGGUCCAUGAUUCGCUACACGUUGGCCAUGCUCUAAAUACCGAACGCCUUAAUCGGACGCCUCUGGAUCACUUGCGUGGCCACGAUAAGCAUUUGGAGCGCUUGGAGAUGCCAGAUACGCCGGCUCUCCAAAAUUUGGUGUUUCAGCGCCUUAAUGGAAUCCCUUUCGACGAUAUGUUUACCAAACUGAGCACCGGCGAUGACGACGACAAGAAUAUAGUGCUGCACAAGGAUCUGCUUGUCGAGGGAAAUGUGCGUUUCCUGAGCGAUUUACAAGUGCAAAGCAUUAACGAUGUAGAUUGGUCCUCAUACCGGGCGCGUUUGGUGCAUGGCAACAUGAAUAUGCGUAUUGCAGGCCGCAAGACCUUUCUGGCCGAUGUCACCGUAACUGACUCUAUGCAUGCACCUACUAUCAAUGAAUGGGACAUAAGCACCCUCAUGGAGAACACGCUGCUGCGCACGACGCCGCAGCAAAUCACCGGCGCCUAUAGCUUCGGCAGCGUCCAGGCAUCCAACCUUGACACGCCCAGUAUCAAUGGAAUGGCAGCUAACACCCUUAUUGAUGUCCGGCAGCCAGAGGUGCAACUUGGCGGCGAUGUUUACAUUCCACAUUUAACAGUGCGGGGCGCAUUCAACAGUCCACUGGUCGUGGAUCCCCAGCUGGCCACCUUAGCGACGCGUUUAGAGGCAUUACAACGACUGCAGUGGCGUAAUCUCAUCGUGCUGGGUGAUGCUCUAUGGAAUACUUCCUCGCCUCUAAAUUCUCAACAGAAGCAUUUGGAAUAUCUGCGUAAACACGCCGUAAGACGCACGGGAGAACAGGAAAUUAGUGGAAAUGUGAUACUUAACCAGCCAGUCCUUAGCAGCGUGUGGAGCAAAGAGCCACUUCCUAUUGAUAUUGACUUUGAGCAUUUAGCCUCGGAUGCGUUACUAAGGAAUGCGAGCGGAAUUCAAACCGUGCUGGGAUCGUUGAGAUUCACGAAAUCUGUUGAAACAGGCGCAGCUCUAAAUGCAGCCAACGACACACAUUUCCAGCUGCUCAAUGGCAUCGACGUGGGUCGACUCAAUGCUUCGCUGUACCGACUAUCCAGUGGUGCACCCAUUGAUGCCAAAAUACAUUUUGCCACCGCGCCCUUCGUAGGUCAUCUUCAGGUUCGGGGAUUGGUUAAUGAACACAGCUUGGAGGGCGUUUACCAAUUAGGUCAGGCUCCAAUGCCACCAGUGCAUCUCACACAGCUGAAUGUUGAGCGGGAUUUGGCCCUCGGCGAAAUCAAUGGCAUGAGUCUGGACUAUUUGUUGCAGAACCGUGUGCCGCUGCAGGGAAAGGCGGCCCUCGAGGUAUUCGGCACACUUACCUUUGAACAGCUUGUGAUAUCCAAGCAGCCACUGUUGCGCACCAUAAACGACGUGGCGCUGGACAAUGUCGUCUACAAACAUGGCACUCAUGUGCAAGCGAUCACCGGCACCAAGUUCGUAGAUCAGGGCGUGAUCUUAGGCGGCCCGGCGCAUGUAAUGCAUCUCAAUGGCAAGGACUUGAGCGAGGCCUAUCGGGAGAGCAUCUUCACCGACCGCAACUACAACAUCGAUAGCCUGGUGUUGGAUCAGGCCACAUUCCAGGGUGGCUUAGUCUGGGUGCCAAAUGCACCGGCCGGUGAGGCACGAGCAGCUAUUACCACGGAGCAUAUAAGCGCGCAGCUCCAGAAAAUUGAAGAGACUAAUCGAACGAGGGGCCAAGCUCGAUUAUUAUAUCUAGACUACGAGUUGCAGACGCUGGCUGUAUCUUGGGAUCUACCUCCAAAAAACGAGACAUGGGACAGUGUUGUUCAUAGGCAGCUACCUCAUCAAGAGGUGGCUUGCGAGCAACGCCUAUUACGCGCUCAAAUCUCCAAGCGAUUGCAGAAGGUCUUCCUAUCCAAUCACACCACCAAUCUGCUACGAACGGAGUCAAGCAAACACCCCGGCGGCAUAUACGUGAAGGUCCACAACUAUUGUGCACCACAGGCACUUCGCCUGCGCAGCAGGAUUAACAUCGCCUGCCGUGGACAAUCCCGCUCGCUGGGCAUGAGGAAACAGGUGAAGGCUCUGGAGCUGCACGAGGAGCGCGUAUCGGAUACAUAUAGUCUGGUGCUGCUUAAUGCCGUGGACAGUCAUAGGCUCGAUCAUGACGAGGUGCGCGUGCUGCGCGUCGAUGAGGGUAAGAACUGCAGCAUAACCGACUGGCAGUCUCUGAACGUGGCUGUGGGUCGACUGAUGCGACUCUUUAGUUUCGGCAACGCGACGCUCCUGUUGACCAGUGGCCUGCAUGGCCAGCAGUCAGAACUGGCCAUAUAUCGCCUAAAUCUAAGCACGCAGCACUUUGAGCUGACGCAGCGUAUCGAGGGCGACUACGAUUUGGCCGAGCUUGUGACCGACGAACGUCAGGAACCACAAAUACUGCUUAGUUGUCAUGGAUGCCGCCGCAUUACCAUCUACGCCCACAAUGCCACAGCCCAAAGAUUUGCGGUACUGCAAGAGCUCCGCUUGGAUGCGCCCAUUGAAGCUUUGCGAGCGCUGCGUAUCGGCGACUCCAACCAUCUACUGGUGUUAAUGACACCGGGCUCUGAGCAUUUCUAUCUGUUUAGCUACGCCCACGUCGAGGGUUGGCUGCAGCGCAGCUAUGGCUACAUGGAUCAGGCGCAGUGGGUGUGGCCCCUGCCCCAACACGUCCUUGAACCAACCGAGCGCCCACUGUUGUUACUCUGCGGGGAGCGCGAAUGUCGUCUUGUGCGGGCCCAGCUUACAUAAAUGUGCCACAUCCAUUUAUUUGUUAUUUGUUUAUUGUUACUAAUUAAUUUUUGUUAUUGUUAUGCUUACUGUUUAGGUUGUAAAAAGUUAAAAAAAAAAUUAUAAUGCAAA